CGUAAAUAGCUGACAAACUUGUCUUUCUUUGUCUUAAACAGAAAGUUAUUACUCAUGGGAAUACCCAUCACAACUACGACGGAAUUGUUCGGCAUUUUAUAUUUAAUUUCAAUAUAAUCAUUUAGAAAGUGUCACGCUACAAUGAACUUGAUGAAGACUUCGAGUUACCAUUGGACACCAUUUUUUAGUCAUUGGAAACGGAUUAAGUCGGCUGUUUAUUAAAGAAAAGUCGGAUAUUGAUUGUAAAGAUUUUAACAUUUGGGUCGCCGCCGGAAUCUUUGCAUUUGGAGUGGCAGUAGUUAUUACAUUCAUAUAAUAACAACUCAAGAAAAAGACCACAGACAGGCAGUAGGAGCUCAUCAUCUGGCCAUAAGCACAAUAUGCCAGACGUUACAACACGUCAAGGGAGAGCCCUUGGUACCCAAGAUAAGAUCGUCAAAUUAGGACUUAUAACAUUCAAUAAAGCGGAGGUUAUCGGUUAUGGGGAAGAAGGGAAAGUAUACAAAGGAAAAUUUGGUGAAUUUACUAAUGCAGCAAUAAAAGAUUACGUGUUUACCAAUAGCUCGACAAUAGCACGUCUUAAAGAAAGAGCUGUGAAAGCAAACGAAAGUCUCCGGAAUGUCACAUGCGCAAAUAUUGUGGGAUUUUUUUCUUUUUAUGAGAAACCAAAUGCAUUUUACCUUUGCAUGGAGUUGUGCGAUUGUAAUCUCGAAUAUUUUAUUCGUCAUUGGCCGCAAGAGAUUCCUAAGAAUGGAUUUGAGCAAACACUGAACGGAUUAAAUGUUCUUCAUGAAAACCAAUUUCUUCACCGUGAUCUCAAGCCUAGCAAUGUUCUUGUUAAGAGAGAGAGGACACGUAUUUUAUUAAAAGUAUCUGACUUUUCUCUCUCUAAGGAAGCUGAUGCCAAAAUGAGCGUAACAUCUGGACCAUAUGUUGGAACAGUAGGAUGGAUGCCACCAGAAAUACAUCAUGAAGUAGAGGCCAAGUCACCAAAUAUAGUAGUGAAUGCAUCUGCAGAUAUAUUUGCAUGUGGCAUGCUUGGGUACUAUGUCGUUUCAGCGGGUAACAUGCUUUACCAUUCUCAACAAGAUAUUAAUCAAGACAAUGCAGAUUAUAGAUAUUUACAUAACCAUACAGCUGAGGAUCUUGUACGAGCGAUGACAUGCCGCGACGAAAGGAAACGGCCGAAUGCAAAGAUGUGUUUGCAACACCCGUAUCAUUGGGAUUCUUGUAAAACCAUUAGAUAUUUCAAAGAUGUUAGUGAUACAAUUAUUGGUGAACAGAGGAACAACAACACAAACAUGGCCAAUGCGUUAGACCAAAAUUUCCAUCAGGUGUUCCAAUUAGAAUGGGAAACUACCCUCACGUUGCAGGUUCAAAUUGAACUAUUCACAGCUCCUAGAACUAGAACCAGACCGAGAUACAACAAGUUCAAGGUCAGCAGCUUGAUUCGCGCAAUACGGAACACGAAGGACCACUUUCACGAGAUGGUUCAUUUGCACCAAGAAUUGGGUAAUGAUGAAAUCGAACUCCUGGCGUACUGGACCAAACUAUUUCCACAACUAUUUAUUCACGCAUAUACAACGCUGAAACCCAUGGCCAACUUAUAUAGAAAUCUUCAACAGUAUUAUUGAGACAAUUAUAUUUCUCGUUUCAACGAUUGUUUCCGAAACAAAUGUUGGAUAAGAAGAGGUCAUAAAAAAAAUAAAUGACAAGAUAUACAAAUAAGUAAGGAUGAGUAAAUUAUCAAACAUUCUCUCGUCGUGGUCAAACUUUCUUGUGACAAAUAUGCCCAGGUGCAAGACCACAAAAAGCGUUAAUAUGUGUGCAUGCCUAAAAUAAUGCUAGAACUGUGAUUUGAACAUUUAUAGUUAAAUGUUUGAUUAUAUCAGUAGAAGUAAAGUCGCAGUUACAUUGUAAGUCAUCUGUUUAGCAGGCAAUCAAAGUUGCUUAUAGUUUGAUACUUAAAAAUCAUAACAAUGAGACCCUCUUAUCAACAAUCGUGUCGUACGAUCAGUUUCCCUGAGUGGUAAUAAUAUAUAUUUAGAAAUGGAUUCAAUUUCUAAGAAAGAUGAUGCAAGACAAACAUUUUUUCAAUAUGCAAGUAAAGUUUGUGAUACUACCAUUAUAUCAAAGCGAAUUAGUUAAUCUUACGAUAUUUUGACGUACGCUCGUUGAUAAGACAUGUAUAUCGGAAAACAAGUACUUCUUUUGUGAUUUAUUUCGUAUUUGCUAUGUACUGUACAUAAUAUUCUGUGAUAUUCUUUUCUCUGGAGAACUUAAUGUACCUUGUUACAAUUGAAGAAGUUAGAAAGGCUUGUAUAAAAAAAAAUGGGUGAAUCAGGUUGUCCUGACUUUUCAUGAAUUCUUCAAAUAUUUAUAAAACAAUAAUUUGUUUUCUUCAGUUGUAUGUACAUUGUUUUAUAAAUAGUUUUAUAUUUGCCAUUUCCUAAAGAAGUUGCAUCAUGUAUCUUAAUAAUGUAUUUGUCUUUCAUAAGUCUCAGGGAGGCAAAGUUUAAAUGGAGGGGGUGUAUUGGAUUCCCUAUAAGGUAUGUUGGCAAAUUUGUUUGAGAAAACACUCUCAUAUUAUAAUAGGCAUCACUUAAAACUUGAAACACAUUAUAACACUGAUGGGUGAAAGUGCCUAACAUAUUAGUCGGUAGGGUAAUUUAUUCUUAAAGUUCCUAUAUGCCAUUGAAUAUGAUGUUAAUACUUUUAGCUAUAAUGAAGUUCAUGGAACAAACUGUACCUGCCAUUAAAGAAGGUAUCAUUUUGAUGCUUUGUACACUUUACCACCAUAAUGUGCAUUAGUUGAUGACGUAAUAAUCAUGACCUACGGCUACUUUAUUUUAGAGUUAUGUGCCCUUUAAUAUGAUUUGCACAUUUUAUAUAUAUAUUUGAUAUUGUGGAACUACUCAGAAACGCAGUUUAAGAGAUAUCAAUAUUCUAGUACAUUUAAUGAAAAAUAAUGUUCAGGGUAAAGACCUAGUUGUUUAAAUACUAUUGCAUGAUGUUGUCUCAAUCUUACGCUCGUUAACUGUUAAUUGCAAUCUAAAUAUGGUAGGUUUCAUUUAACAGUUUAUGAUUAUAGGAGUUACAUAUUAUUCACUUAUCUGAGUAUUCAUCAGUGUGCACUGUCAUAUCAUGAGUCGUCUCUCUUUAAGAUUUGACUUAUGUUUAAGAUUUCACUGAAAUAACCAAUACUUGUCAAUGCACAUAUGUAUACGGUAACUGAAUUUAUUUUAUAUAUCCGAUAUAUGUAUUAAUAUGUAUUUUGCUUAUUUAUUUUUUUGAUAUUUUCACUAGUAACUUAGUUAUUACACAUUUGUUAGGCAAUUAAACCAAAAUGUGCCACUAGUCAAAUAACCAUUU